AUGCACUCGACUAUGAGGAACGAAAGCAACGCCGAGAAUAAUUUCGAUGAGAAGCACGUCGCAGAACACAAUGAAAAGGCAAGCAGCUAUGCGUCCGAAGAUAGCAGCGAAAAGGUCGUUUGGGAUGCGCGUACCGUGGUAGCCCUCGCCUCUCUCUGCCUCCUGUGGCAUGUAUCCAUCUUCGAUCGAGUGAUCGACAAGAACGAGAUGUGGUCAAUACUGACAUUCGUAGGGUCGGUACGAUCAAUGCCUCCCUUCCAAGCCGCGAUGACUCCCCUCCUGACCUCUACAGGCUCUCAACUCCCCCUUUACUUCCUCGGCGGCUCCGCCUCCUACGUGGCCGAAGACAUCGGCGGCAUGGCUCUCACAGCGACGUCCUGGAUGCCCGUCGCCAAUACUCUUGCACUUGCCAGUGUUGCGCCAUUCAGUGGCUAUCUCGGUGAUCUCUUCGGACGGCGCAAUAUCACCAUGAUCGGUGCCGGAGCGAUCCGUGUGGGCAUCGUCAUCGUUGCCACGGCCCAUAGCUUUGCUCAGGUCGUCGGCGGCAUGGCGCUCUCAGGCGCUGGAGCCGGUAUCGGCGAGCUCACUGCGCUUUCCGGUGUAGGAGAACUGGUUCCUGUGAAGAAGAGAGGACUUUUCGUCGGCCUGGUGGUGGCUUGCUUGAUACCGACAACGCCGUAUGUCAUGUACUCGCAAUUGUUCUCAAGUCGGACGGAUCCCCAGGCCUACCAGGGCUGGCGAUGGGGUAUAAUCUACAAUGGUGUCGCGCUCGUCGGGAUCGCUCUCACAUAUUUCCCAGAAAGAAACUCUCCCAUCAGCCGUCGGCCACGUUCCGAGGUGUUGAGAGAGAUCGACUACGUGGGAGCAUUCCUCAGCAUUAGCGGAGUUGCACUUUUCCUUGUCGCUCUCCAGUCUGGCGGUCUCACCCAUCCCUGGACCAGCGAUGUCGUGCUCGCCACACUCAUCAUCGGAAUCUUCCUUAUCAUUGGCUUCUGCGUCUGGGAGUGGAAGUUCGCGAAGACGCCCAUGAUCCCUCGCGAGCUCUUCUCCGGCCAGAGAAUCGUUGCGAUCACGUUUGCGAUCAGCUUCAUCUCUGGCAUGAACUUCUACUCUCUCAUCAACUGCAAGCUCGCGACCAUUCCAUGCUAUCCCCACUCGUUGUACAAUCCCGAUCCCGUCCAAGUAGGCCUCAAGGGUCUUGGCUAUGGUAUAAGUGUCACAGCGGGUGCGGCCAGUGUCAACGCUCUUUCGACCUACCUGCCGAAGUACAAUCGAGAACUUCUGCUCGGCUCCUGCGUGCUGAUGACCGCAUUCAUCGGUGCUCUUGCUACCGCGACACCGGACAACGCUAGACAGACUGUUGCGCUCGGCACUAUCGGCGGUUUUGGAGUCGGCGGUGUCCUCGUUCCCGCCCAGACCGUCGCCAUGACUGCCUGUCCCGACCACCUCAUCGGCACCGUCGUCUCCCUCGCACUCGCCAUCCGGGUCAUUGGUGGCUCAAUCGGCUACUCUAUCUACUUCAAUAUCUUCAAGAACAAGCUCACCGCCGCGCUCCCAACCUACGUCGCCGGGAAAGCCGUCGCCGCCGGUCUUCCCGCGACCUCCGCUGUGCAGUUCGUGACGGCCUUCCUCACCGCUCCCGCUACCGCCGCGAAAGUGGAGGGUGUCACGGCGCAGGUCAUCGCCGCCGCUGGGAGAGGCGCGCAGGAGGCGAACGCUCAUGCAUUCUAUUAUGUGUGGGUCACGUCGAUUGCGUUUGGGCUGGUUUCGGUGCUGCUGUGUAUGGCGCUGCCGAGCAAUUACAAGUUUUUGACGGAUCGGGUAGCGGCGCAUAUUAAGCACUAG